AAAUACGCUGUCAUGGGUGCAUCUCAGUCCGCACAAGUGUUGGAAGACGAGGACGAAGACGAAGAUGAGGAGGAGGAGGAGGCUGAGCAGGAAGAAGACCAUACUGGCCGAAGAAAUGACCCAAGAAGAGAAUUAGGCGAUACCAGUUUGGUGAAGAAGGUUCUAGAACAGGAGCCAGAGAUGUUGCCCUGCCACACCUCGGCAUCCCCGCUCUCCCCCCAGCUCUCCUCCUUCGGCACUCCUCGACUCGGACCUUCGAUCAAGGUCUGGGACCCUUACAAUGUUCUCGCUCCUCCUCCUCCUCCUCCUCCGCCGUUGCCUUUCUCCAGGAGCUUUUCGUCGGAUGUGCUUCUUAACGAUGCUCGGACCAUUACAGAGGUGUUCUUGAUCAGUCACGGAGAUUGGCACAUGAAUUUGAGACCAGAUUUGAUUGCCGGUAGGUGUCCCGAUGCUGCACUCACCCCCAAUGGGAAGCGCCAAGCUAGAGCUCUUGCUGUCUUCUUGAAAUCACAGGGUGUUCGAUUUAAUGCUGUUUACACUUCGCCAUUGGAUCGGGCUCGAGCAACUGCUGUUUCCGUAUGUCUGGUACAUUUCUGUUUUGUUUCAUUUCUUUUCCUGCAAUUCUUAUGUUAUGUGUUAAUCUCUGUGUUAUUUCUUCCUUCAUUGUGAUGAAACUGUGUACAGGCCUUAUCCAAACUGCUGAAAUUAGUACUCUUUUU